AUGGACACUUUGAAACAGUCUUUUUCUGCAAUGUCCGAAAUGUUUUAUAUAAAGAUGGAUGAGUUUCAACAGGAAUUACAAAAGAACUCAUCUUCCAAAACUACUGUCACCACUUCAUCUAUUGCUGCUGACUUUGGAUCAUUCAAGACAUUCAUUGUGGCUACACUUAAUACUCUGCAGCAUCAGCUUGAAUUUCUUAAGAUGGAAAUGGAUCGCCAGGAAAUGCGGAACAGGCGGAAAAUGCUGCUCUUGCAUGGUAUACCCGAGGCCAAGGCUGAGAAUUUGAUUGCACGAGUUACCACAACGUUCGCCGAACAUUUGGAUUUGCCGAAUUUUUCAAGUUCCAGCAUUAAGGCUAGCUAUCGAUUUGGCCGUUCUUCCAGUACCAAGCCCAGGCCUAUUGUAGUUAAGUUCGCUGAUGUCGUAGUCCGCAAUAAGGUUUGGUUUUCAAAAACAAAAUUUAAGGGCACUGGCUUUACUCAGUCAGAGUUUUUAACUAAGCCUCGUCACAACGCAUUUUUGGAAGCUCGGAAGCGUUUUGGCAUCACCAAUUGUUGGACACGUGAUGGGUUCAUUUAUAUCAUCGGUUUGGACGGGGCUCGUCAUCGAGUGGAAUGCAUAAGGGAGCUUGAGGCGAUUCCAGUGGAGUCGGCGGCGGCAACUGCUGGAUCGCCAGUUCAGAGCCCUGGAGUAGCUUCGAAGAGUCCGGAGACGAGAUUGCCAGUUCCUCGCACUGCUAGGCGAAUGGUUAAAAAGUAGUUUUUAUUUUUAAUUACACUCGCAAUUCCUUUAUUUUAC